AUGUUUAUGAAUUUUCUGAAGCUAGCUCCAUCUUUUCCUGAUAAAGUAGAUGCCAUUAUUCAAUGGGUAACGCUGGUGUGGCAGAUCUGGAAGGCUAGGAAUCAAUUUAUAUUUCGACAUACUAAUCUCUCUUUGUAUGAUACCAUACAGGGUUUCUAUUGGUGUGUUCAAGAAGGAAGGCUGGGAAUAAGUGGAGAGAAGUCUAAGCCUCUUGACCCUCCUGUUCCAUUAAAUAUUGUGUUACCAGCUACUAAUACUUGUCGAUAUAAAAUUUACACUGAUGGUGCUUGGAACUCUGUCUCUUGUUUAGGUGGUAGAGGUGUCAUGGUUCGCAACUAUAAAGGAAAAUUUGUGGCGGCAAAGUGCAAGCAUGGCUGUAGCAAUUCUGCAAUGGCAAUGAAGGCUGAGGCGAUAAGGGAUGCUCUCCUGCUCGCACGUAGUAUUAAACUAGACUGUAUUUCGAUUUUUUCAGAUUGUAAGACAAUAAUUGCUCACCUGAAUAAUGCCCACUUCUCUUGA